UAAACAAACACAAACACAAACACAAGCAUAGCCAUCAAGUAUUUCUUUUAUUAUUAACUAAUAAUUAUUUUUUUUAUUUUCAUUAUUUAAGGGAUUGCUCUAAUAUACUUAACAGUCUCACAUACAUUGUUGAUUCUUCAGUGUUUGUGUUCCUUCUGAGGUAUUCAAAAUUGGGAGAUUCUCUAUUGAACUGCUAUGUCUCGGCCGCUACUCGGCGUGGUGGGGGAUGAGGAAGGUCAGCAGAGCCAUGUGACUCUGUUGGUUUCUUCCUCAUCCACCAUGGAAAGUGUGAAUUGUCUGAACAGCUCGAAACUGAAGGAGCGAAACUACAUGGGAUUGUCUGAUUGUUCUUCUGUGGAUAGCUCAGUUCCCUCAUUCUCUGAUGAGACUAAAAGCAAUCUGAACCUCAAAGCUACUGAGCUGAGGUUGGGGCUUCCGGGAUCUCAGUCUCCUGAAAGAGACUCAGAUCUUUGCUUGAGGAGUUCUACUCAAUUCGAUGAGAAACCUUUGUUUCCUUUGCGUCCUGUAGCUGAUGAUCAUCAUUCCUCGUCGAAGCCUGCUCUUUUGGGCAACAAAAGAGGGUUCUCGGAUGCAAUGAAUGGGUUCUCUGAGGAGAAAUUGCUUGUUAGUUCGGACGCCAAUACAAUAUUGCCAUCUAGGCCUUCUCCUACUGUGGGAUUGAAAUCGAGCUCUAUGCUUGAGAAUGCUGCGGCUCAGCAAGCGAAAGUCAAUGAAGUAGCAACAUCCAAGGUGGGAGAGAGGCCUCAUGCUGCCAAAGAAACCAGGCCAAGCCUUAACGAUUCCACUGUGAAUAAUAAUAGCAGUGCACCAGCUCCAAAGGCACAGGUUGUAGGAUGGCCUCCAAUAAGAUCAUUUAGGAAAAAUUCAUUGGCUACUACUUCGAAGAAUGCUGAAGAAGUAGAUGGAAAAAUGGCUUCUGGUGCACUGUUUGUGAAGGUAAGUAUGGAUGGCGCGCCAUACUUAAGAAAAGUGGACUUGAAGAAUUACUCUGCCUAUCCAGAGCUUUCUUCUGCUCUGGAGAAGAUGUUCAGCUGCUUCACCAUAGGUCAAUGUGGAUCUCAUGGAAAUCUUGGGAAGGAAAUGCUGAGUGAAACCAAGCUGAAGGAUCUACUUCAUGGAUCAGAAUAUGUUCUUACUUAUGAGGAUAAAGACGGUGAUUGGAUGCUAGUGGGUGAUGUUCCCUGGGAGAUGUUCAUCGAAACAUGCAGGAGGCUGAGGAUCAUGAAGGGCGCUGAUGCCAUUGGUCUAGCACCAAGAGCCGUCGAGAAAAGCAAAAGCAGGAACUAGGGCAGUACAAACGAUCACAUUUCUAUCACCUAACUGUCAAUGGAACUAAAAAGCUUCUAUAAACAAAAUUGGGUAAGCAAAUCAAGGCAAAAGGAAAAAAGGGAUUAAGGGAAAAGAACUAGGGGCAUGUUGGACUGGAUAGAAAUUUCAUAUUAUUAAGCUGCCUCAAUCAUAUGAUUACUAUUUUUACUAUCUUAUGUUUUUUCUUUUCUUUUUUUUUAAUGACAUUUAUAUUCAGUAAGGUUCAUUAUAUUUCAUGAUUGUCACAAACUUGCAAAAGAAAAAGACCCUAACCCUCUCUGUGUGGAAGCUACUUAUGUUUCUGUAUGUGUAGUUUGUGAAGUGCAUCAUUUAUGUGUGUGAAUUUGUGUGAUGAAAAAUAACAAUAAGAAGUUGUACCUUACACAA